AUGGCACAACGUGUGAUCACAGGUGUGGAUAAUGACUACCUUAUGUGUAGUAUAUGUCUGGGUAGGUACACUGACCCCCGCCUACUUCCAUGUGGACACACUUUCUGUCGACAGUGUCUAUGUGAUCACAUCCAGCAGACUGUCAAUGGUCGGGACAAUCGCCAGUUCAUGUGCCCCAUAGACCGAUCACCCGUGCCACGCCCUGCGCAGAGUCGCCAACCUCGGGAUUGGGCGAGUAAGUUUCCAGAAGACUCUUUUUUGGCGAGUUUACUUCACGCUGUUCAUUUACACGAGGAAGCUCGUGCGGGUGGCCACAGUGUCGUGGUUCCCUCGAGGAGACGUCAACUUAACAGACCAGCCCCGACUGGUUCGACUGUCGAUCCUCAAAUUGCCAAUGAGGAGCCUCCUCCACCUCCAAGAAAUGUUUCCGAGGGACUGACCUGUGUAGAACACGCGGAUAGACUUUUAGAGUUUUUCUGCCUCGGUUGUAAUGUGCUUGUGUGUGCCCACUGUGCGGUACGGAGCCAUCGUUCGCCAAGAUGUGAAUGUUUAGCCGUUGAUGAGGCAAUAGAGAGACUGAGACCUCGCGUCGAAGCUCUUCGUCAGCGCUUUCAGAACCAAAUGAAUCGCAUAGAGCAAAUCAGCAGAGGUGAAAUCCCUAUUGACAUGGUGCUAGAAAACAGUAAGCCUCGGGUGUUAGAAAGACUUACUGAAAUGGAAACCCAACUUUCAAGAUUUACACAGAUAUGUCUUCAAAGUGUUGAAAAUCUCCGCCAGGAAAUUCGUGAAAGUAGUGUUAAUUCAACGGGAAACCCACAGUUAUCCUUUCUCUUCGAUGCGAUUCAAGAGACCAACCUGACAUUUGAUAACGUCAUGCAGAUAAAUUCUAGUCCAGAUUUGUUGAAUACCUUACCUCGUGUAGAAUCUCAAGCCGAUGAAUAUGAUGCUGCCAUGAUGGCGAUUUCAGAGUACAAUUCCCCUUCUGAGAUUGAACUUCUUACGAAUGCCGCUUUCAAUAAUUUUCUCAGAAACCCUCCGCCAGUUGGUUCAAUAAACAUUAAAAGAGCCCCUAGGACGCAUUCACAGGUUCAGAAUACGAGAGUAAGUCAAACGGCAGCAAACACAAGAUCCAACAGUAGAGUUGGUCAUGGCCAGAACACAAGAACUACCCAGGGACAGAGUACUAGAUCUAAUCAAGGGCAGACCUCCAGAAUCAGGAGGGAGGGCACCUUUAAUGUCACGCCAGCCAACAGGACUGGCGCACCCGUGUCACAACAGACUCCAGUUGUGCGCCCGACUGUCACGCCCCGUAACCCUCCCCGACAGAUGAAUCCGCGGAGAAGAAAAGGUCCCCAGAAAAGUAAGUCGACCAUCAACGUGAAGAACCUACAGGAGGACACAAUGACAUGGCAGCUAACUGGAAUAACGUUUGUAGGAUAUUCAGUAGUGGUCGUAGAUUCCUUCAAUCACAUGAUCCGUCAGUGUAGUAUCGCCGGGUCGCCCACUCUGAAUAAGACUCUCUACAUUGAGAGUCCAUUGGGCAUCACUAGUCUGACGGACCCAACGGAAGUAGCAGUUACCCAACCAGACAAACGAAAGGUAGCAAUCCUAAGUCUUGACCCGGAUAUACGACUCAAAGAAACGAUAGCCACACAUAAACAGUAUGAGGCUAUCUGCCAGCUGAACGGGAUAUACUUCGUUGUGACUUGCACAGAAGGUCGUCGCUGUGUGGAUAUAAUAGACCGCGUAGGACGAAUCCAGAAGAGUAUAGAAAGAUCGCAGCUGUUUAGAGCACCGAGAUACAUAUCCAUCACCUCGGCAGCCUCUAUAGUGGUCAGUGACAGGGAACAGAAACACGUGGUGUGUAUUUCUCAGACAGGACAGGUACAAUGGACGUAUCCCACUCCCGCAUCCCCGUGGGGCGUGGCUGCGGAUGGGGCUGGACACGUGUACGUGUGUUUGGACAAUAGCUGUGUGCACGUACUAUCAGAGGAUGGUGCACUUGUGGAUGACAGUUUCCUUGCAGCAAAAGAUGGAAUACGAGUGCCCUAUGCUAUAUGUGCGCGAUCUCGCCAAGUAGCAAUAACCGAGUUCGGCUCUAGUCUUUUUGCUCCAAACAGUCCAUGGGUGCAUGUUAUAUCAGUAUAA